AUGAUGGGAAUGCAAGACAAGAUAAUGCUUGUGAAGAUUGGGGGAGGGCCGCGAAGAGUGAGAAAUAUUGAAUUUCCUGGAUGCCUGAUUGCAAACCGAAGGGGUACCAUAGCGUGUGUAGCAGACUCCCGUUCCUAUGCGUUGCUCGAGGUUGAGCAUCGUCAGAAGAUACCUUUAUUCCCAAUCUCCUCAAACGACGAGUAUGGCGAAUUCAAAGUAGAGGAUAUACCAUCUCGGAGUGAAAGCCCUGCACGGGAAAAAGUGCCAGUUGCUUCAAACGGGAAUUCUGGGGUAAAAACCCAUGGACGAAGCACUAGUUUGAAUGCUAUAGCCGCCAGCUCAGAGCUGCGUCAGCAGAGCACACAACCUGACGUCUCAGGAAUAUCUACCCCCGACUCUCUCGCGGAAGACAAACUACCGAAACCAACUAGCCCCCAUGAUAGGCGAUUAUCAAUUCCAAGCAGGUCUCCGUCAGCCGCUCCAGGCGAUGGACUUGGUCAGAAGCCCCUCCCGCCAACCCCGAGUCCAACUCCAAAGAAACCAAUCUCAAUGUUAAAACCGCAUAUUGUAUCACCUACGCCUUCUGAGUUUCUGCUGGUUACAGGGACGGAUGCUUCAAAUCCUGCUGUUGGUAUGUUUGUCAACCUCGAAGGCGAAACUGCGGAACGUGGAACUAUUGAAUUUCAGACAUAUCCCGAUGCUAUCGUGCUUGACAAUGGAGAUGACGAAGACCCAAACUCUCACCCAAGCAGCGAUGAUGCCGAUGGGUACGUUUUGGCAGUGGUAAAUGCAGCCAUUGAUACGGAGGCUGAUGGAGAAGUUACGGAAGAAAAGUGUUUAGAGGUGCAAAGAUGGGACGUGAAUCCCGGGGAGGGAGGGAGACAACGAUCAUUAAUAAAUGUCUCGCUUGCACCCCCCGUGUCUGGGCCUGUUGGGAUUACUCGGACAGUCAGCCCGAACAAGAUAAAUUUUGCAGAUGUCGGUGAGCUUCUACAGGUUGUCCGGCUCAAGGUGCCAGAUUUACGAACGCCUGGAUCGAUGACGCCGCAAAAGAACAAUGAUCCGAGGACGGAGGCAUCUAUAGAGCAGCUGCAAAAGGAAAAAGAGCUAUUUGAAAACGACUCUGACAGCUCUAAACAGGUCAAAUUGCGGCGUGGGUGGGAAGCAGAAAGGAAUGAAGAAGAAUUGGCAUUUGCAAAAACACUGGGUUAUGUGAAAAGUAACGUCAUGCUGUGGGAGGGAAAUCAGAUAUGGCGUGUACUCCGUAACCCGUUGGCAUUACAACUGGAGAAUGCCCUUAUGCUCACUCAAGAGGUACAGGACGCGAAGACUUGCCGCAUUGCUGACAAAGGCGCGAUAAUAGACAUGAUGGCAAGACUUGAUUCGAUUUUACCCAGAACAGCUCCUGAGUCUCUCGGGUUGAAUUAUGUUAAACAAAAGGCAAGUCUGUUGCUUUUUGGGGACCUCAUUGCAACAAAUCCCGAAUAUCAAACCCCAAGUGCAAUUAAAUCUGUGGAGGAUGUGUUGAUUGCCGGAGAGCUAGACCCUCGCAUCAUUCUCCUUUUUACACCCUUGCUUAGAGAAGAGAUCCUGCAAGGGCCGCAGGGGAUUUGGAUUUGUGCCGGGCUUACCAAGGUCGUUGAUACCCUUUUAGAAGUGUCCAAUGACCAAGAUGGGACGAUCAAGUUCAACUUUACAGAGCCAAUCUUACGGAUGCUCGUCAGAUACUUGACUUCCUGGCACCGGAAGAGAGGAUACGGAAGCGUGACCGAUGAUACCUAUGUGUUUGACAGCGUGGAUUCUGCGCUGCUUCGUCUCCUGCUUCAUCUCGAUGCAACGCACAAUGAGGUAGUGAACGGAAAGACAGUGGCGUCUGAUGUCCGGCAAGAACUUAACAAACUGGUUGACAACUGGAAGGGAAAUUUCACCCGUGCAGUCGAGUUACUAGAACUGUACCAGCGGCUCUUUGUCUUGAGCCGUCUAUAUCAGAGCCGCAAAAUGUCUGGCCAUGUUCUUAGGACAUGGCGCCGGACGAUCGAAGGAGAGAAGGAUGUUGGUGGUGAGAUGACCAUUCCUGCAGUUGAGCUCCAAGUACGGAAGUAUUUGGUAAAGAUAAGAGAUCCUAACCUGGUCGAGGAGUAUGGGCUCUGGCUCGCGACGAGGAAUCCCAAGCUUGGAAUCCAGGUAUUCUCGGAUGAUAGUAGCAGAGUCCAGUUUGAUCCGCCACAGGUAAUUCGAAUAUUGAAAGAUCGUGCUCCUGGCGCUGUACAAGUCUACCUUGAGCACCUUGUCUUUACCAAAAAUAUCACACGAUACGCCGACGACCUGAUAUCUUAUUAUCUUGACACCGUUAUUUCGGUUCUAGAAACAUCACCUGAAGCGAGGGCUUCCCUCACCGAAUCAUACUCUACCUACCGUGCUCUCCGACCUCCAAAGCCCUCGUACCUAAGUUUCAUUACCGAAAACGCACCUCCAGAGCCGUGGUGGCAGUCCCGUCUCCGACUCUUACAACUUCUUGGAGGAGCUGCCAGAAGCCAGUUCACCUCCGCAGCAGCUCUCCCCUCAGAUCUACCUUAUUCUAUCUCUGCAGUACUCGAACGAAUUGAGCCGUUUAAAAAUGAGCUAGUGUCUGAAUGUAUUAUUCUCGGCGGCCGCCAGGGACGGCACGAUGAUGCCCUCCACCUUUUAACCCACGGCCUCGGCGAUUAUGACUCCGCAAUCCGAUACUGUCUCUUUGAAGGAUCAGGCGCCUCCGCAUCCCACAGCAUGUUUUCCCAGAAGUUUUCCCCCUCUGAGGGGCAAAAACAGCUUUUUGCGGGGCUACUUCGGGAAUUCCUUCAUAUUGCCGAUCCUUCAGAACGUACCGAGCGAACGGGAGACCUGCUGGCCCGAUUCGCUCCGCUCUUCGAUGUGCGUGAAGUACUUGACCUGGUCCCUGAUGAGUGGAGCGUGGAUGCUCUCAGCGAGUACUUUGCCCGGGCUCUGCGUGACCUUACAUCGGAAUCUCGAAACGCAAAGGUCCAGCGUGCCCUUAGUGCCGGACUUAACCUCAAGGUUUGUGCCGACUUUAUCAAGGAGUCGGAGAAGAUCGGCGGAUGGAUUGAAGAUGCUGGCGAGGUCAAGCCUUUGAAAGGAGGUAGAGAUAUCACCGCAGAGCCAGAGGCCCAGGCUGAGGGUGCUGCUAAAAACAAUCAAUCACCUAACGAGGCCGGCACCCAGAUCCGGCCAGACGACACCCUGAAGAUAUCUUGA